AUGUGCGAGCCGAGCGGCAACGGCGACUGUGCGUCGAACGAGCGCCUGUUCCUGCGAGAUCUGGUCUCGUGCGCGCCGGGCACCAGCGGAGGUCGCCUGGCGAGGUGGCUGCAGCCGGACAGUUACGUCGACCCGAGCAAGUGCGAGCUGUCGUACGCUCGCGAGGAGAUGCGCUACGGAUGGCCCGCUGUCGUCAAUCUCAUCACCAGGGAUCAGUACGGCGAGCUCGUGCACGCGCCUAAUCUUAAGAUCGAAGCGAAAGCAGUGCCGAUCGACAAGCGCGAGGUGACCGACUCGGAAACCAGCAAACGCGUGCGUCCGAAGACUCAACAGCUGGAUCCUCUGACGUUCGGCGGUCAUCCGCAACCAACCCUCGAGACGCCGUACGAAAUGACAGUGCUGGACGAGCCGUACAAAGUCAGCUUUCACGCGAUAACCAUCAUGAAGGCUUAUCGCAACUACUCGUUCGAGGAGUUGAGAUUCACCUCGUCGGCGCUCAAGCGUUCCAGCGAGAGUAUGACGGUUCUACCUAACCAGGAUGGAACCUACAGGGUUACUUGGACGCCAUUCUCGGUCGGAUGGUACUCCAUACACGUCAAUAUCGAUGGCUAUGAUAUGGAGAAUAAUUAUAAAGUCGAAGUAAAACGACCGCCUCAGGGCAUGGAAAUGCCGGCGAUGAAUAUCGUCAAGAAACCGACGCAUGUGCCGAGUAGAGUACGAAAAUUCGUCGCCAGGAACAGUGCUGGCUUGAGGAUCAGAGCUCAUCCGUCCCUUCAGAGCAAACAAAUCGGCGUUAUACCGGUUAACAACACCAUCGUAUUUUGCGACGAGAUCCACAACGACGACGGCGUGUGGCUAAGAUUGAACGUCGAUACGAUCACCAAGUACUGUAGUAGCGGCCACUUGGAGGCAUGGUGCUUGCAGUACAAUCAACACUUGGGCAAAAACUUGUUACUGCCAGUCGAGGAACAAAAAUCAUCGUCCAAUGCAUGUCACGGCCGGGAGGUGCUUCUUGGUAAAAAGGACUCGAACGAAGAGAUCGCGUCUUUUUCUAGCAAACGAAAAACAGUGACGUUUGAUAGCGGCAAAACAAUGGCGGUGGUCACUUGCGGCGCAUCAGGUCACAACAUCAGAUGCAGACCGAGCCUCAAAGCUACGGCUGUUGGGAUGCUCGCGAUUGGCAAUACCGUCACCAUACAAGAUUAUUUUACCAACAGAUAUGGAACGUGGGUUAGGAUAGACGAUGAGUCAGCUGAGAAAUACAGCUUUAACAAUAUCGGUGAAUUCUGGUCGCUUGCCGUUAAUAAACACGGCGCAGCUUACAUGAAAAUUGUGCCUGAUCCCGAAGAGGAGUCGAUGGAGAAGAAGCCAACUAUUAAUGAUACGAGCGAGGGUCAAAUAACUAAUCACAAGGAUGACGCUCAAACGCCAGUCGUGGCAUCGAGCAGCCAAGAGAACGACGCAUUGAACAGAAUGCAUUCACUUCCGAAUCACACACCUCCUCCACCAAAAAGUGCCGGUUCUGGUGAUGGACCAAACAGUUCAUUUCUUUUCGGUACCUACGGUGGUCUCAAACAAGAUUCACAAGCUAGUAGUGAUAAACAGGUGUCUACGGACAAAACGACCGAACCGUCUGCAAAGAUCGGCAAAAGUCAUUUGGAGAAAAAGUCGAGUAAAGAACGCGAAAGUGGAAGUAGCAAGUUCAGUGUACUGCAGAAGUGGCUUCGAGGUGACGAUAAGAAAGGUGACGGAGAGAAAAAAUGCUCGCCUGGCAGGGAUUUUUCGGAGUUCGUUGGUGUAUCGGUGAAAGAGCUUGUGAAAGCUAUGGGAGAAAGUCGAGUCAACGGUAACGGAUCGACGCCACCGGAAACACCACGUAAGAUGUCACGCAGCUCGUCACCAAAGAAUCCACAAGCUGGUUCGCCGCGACUGACCAGCAGAUCUUCUAGCCCUGUCCCGAUACCCGCUGGCUCCAGUCGCUUGCCGUUUGGUUCUGGUCUUUUCCCAAUUGCUGCUAAUGCUCAAGGUGGAAAAAAUAUCGCUGGAGGGGGAGACAGUGCUGGCAGCAGCCCACUGCUUCAUGGCUCCCCCCGAAGUAUUGGGAUUUCACCUCUAGUAUCAGGAGGAAUGUUAGACAGUGCCACAUCACAUCGUCGUGGUUCGACGCAAAGCGACACGAGCGCACUGGUGAGCAGUCUAACUCGCGAUCCAUCGCAAUCUCCCAGCGGGGUCAGUUCAAUGGCUAACACCACUAGGGACCUCUCGCCAAGUCCAAGUUGCAGCUCGUUACACAUGAAGUCCGAGGAGGUUCUGAGUCCCACUGAGACAUCCAAAAAAGACAACAGUGCUUCCGUUACUCAGGACUCGCAAGACGCGUUGAAAAAGGUGUCCGAAGCCCAAACGCAAACGAGCCCCGAAAGCGCCACAACGGCGAUGAAAGGCCAUUUCCCGAUUGAUUUGACCAACAAAGAGGACCGACACGCGCCCAAAUACUGCCGUCGCGAUUACGCGAAAGUGACGAAAACUAGAGCAAAGCGCGCGAUGUCACCUGCUGCUAGCCAAGAGAUGCCGAGUCCUAGUCGCACUACUCUGAAUCUUAAGAGAGAAAAGGUGAAGAAAGCAGUGAGCCCAUCGGUAGCCGAAUGCUUGCGAGCAGUGUUCGCGGCAUUUCUCUGGCACGAGGGUAUAGUUCACGACGCAAUGGCUUGCGCGAGCUUUCUCAAAUUCCAUCCGAACCUAUCGAAACAAGGCGCCAUGGUGGUGACGAGACAGCCAUCAGGCGACAACAGCGAGAAGAAGAGACAAGAGAUGACUCGCGAGGAACGUGCGAGGCAGAGGCAUUCGGUAGAAGUGACCAACGAUGGAAGUUACCUUCACAUUCAGCCGAGUACUCUAGAAAGCUUGACCAGAUCGGCGGCCAAUGCCAAUGCGAAUAGAAACAGAAAGAAGGUGAAUACUAACGGCACGGAUGAGACAGUUAACAAACUGACAGCCUUGCCGGAGUUUACAACGGUGACAGUCUUGCCUCCAGCUUUGAAAUGUCUAGUAUUCUUGUGGGAGGAGCUGCGUCAAAAUGUUCUCCACGCGAUCGAUCAGCAAACCGUCCUACCAAGUCCGAUAAAUCAAGUGCCAACUGUCAAGCCGUCGAAGCGGAUUGUACCAGACACGCCAACGAAGACGCCCCAGUCGAACGUGAAAGAGAACAAUUUGGGAGAUAAACGCGACAAAAAGAUAUCUAAAGAGCGCAAAGAAUGGAAACCAACUGCAAAGAUUCCGGUAACCAGCGACGGUGCAGGCAUCGAGCGAGAAACAACUUGCGAGUUGUGUGGAUUGAUGUUUCCUCAUCCCGUAACGUAUCAUAUGAAACUGAUGCAUCCGGGAUGUGGAUGGCAUGCCGGGGGUAAUGGCUACAACAGCAGUGGCAAUUAUUGCGUUGGCUGGGCUGGGAAUUGCGGCGACGGGGGCGGCGGCGGUAGCUCGUGGUACCUGUUGUGCGAUACUUGCCGUGAUAAGUAUCUGAAGGCAAAAAAGAAUAAGAGAUACAGACGCAGCGUAGGAGAGCUUAACAAACAUAUGUCACCACUGACGUCACCAGAUAUCGAUGAGACACAUAUAAUCAUUAAGAAUAAUUCGAUGUUUCUUCUGGAAUUGGCGAGCGCGGCUGGAGUUACCAUUCCAAAACAGCAACGACGACCAUCUCAGACUCUCACAGCCGUUGCUGAGAAUUACAGUCCUCCAGAAGCUGCAGGACCGUUUCCAUCAACUGGACCAUUCCAAUGUUUGCUUUCGUUGGGGGUACAGAGUUCACAGAGUAAUGAUGAGAGAUUGUACGAAGAAUCGUUCCGACGACAAGGUCAACAGAACUCGCAUGAUGGCAGUAAUAAUGGGUUAACCGUAAGUAACAAAAGGCCUUUAUCAGAGUGCCAAAUGAGUGACAGUGACAGCGACAGCGGUAAAAAUCGAGGCAUGUUUCAUCGGUCUGUAUCGAUGUCAACUGGUGCACCAUGGGCCAAAAAUAUGCAGGACGGUCGGGUCGUUAUGAUGCGCAAAAGAAACAAUAGUAGCAGUGAACCUAACAAUGACGCAGGUUCAUCACUGCUCUGCUAUCCAUCAGCAGCUUUACAGAAGCUCGUACCUUCGAUGGAUCAAUCGGCGAUAGUAUCAGAAAAUCAACAAGUAGAGAUGAUAAACAGCGACCGAAUAGAAUUAUUCAUGCGACCGGUUAUGCUUUUCGUUCUGCGGCAGCACAACCUCCAGCACAUGCAGUACGCGAUGAAGCAGGCACUUAGGCGCGCCGCAUGUCGAGUGUACGCGAUGCAAGCGCUCAAUUGGUUAUUGAGAACCGUCACUCAGCCGAUUUGUUUGCAUGAUUUAUUAUGGUGGUUUGUUAAUUCUUUGACACCGAUAAUUCCUGAUCCGAUGGACGUUAAUGAGGAUGAUAAUAGAAAAAGAUGUUUUGAGAAGAGGAAAGAUCACGAUAUGGUUGGAAUGUGCGAACAUCCUUUAAAUGACCUUAUUAUUGCUGGUGAAGCUGCUCAUCCUUUGCCUACAGCGUUUCAUACGCUGCUGCAAACUAUUUCAGAUUUGAUGCUUUUACUGCCACCUGGUUCACCACUGCAACAAGCAGCUGUGCGCUGCUGGGCGAUUCAAUUUACACCUGCUGAUCAUAUGUUUUUACACCGCAGUCAUGUUUUCAGUAAUAUCAGCAAGAUUUUGUCUCGUUCGGAAGAGGAAGAAGAUGCGGCAUUAAGCAUGCACAAGAGUCAUCAGUCGAACUUAUCCGGACAACAGUUCUUGAAUACAGUCGAGACUCUUCGAGAUUUGACUCUUGGAGUUGAAAUUAAAACAUCAAGUAGACAGGCAAUGAUUACCAGUCUGACAGAUAAUUCGACUGAAACCUUUUGGGAAUCUGGCGAUGAGGAUAGAGAUAAGACAAAGACAAUCACGAUAAUUUGUGGAGCACAUACUUUCCCAAAAAUGGUUUAUAUCCAUAUUGAUAACUGUCGUGAUCUGACUCAUAAAGUGUCGAGCGUUACAUUCCAAUCCGGUAUGGAUGCCGACGAGAUGGUGAAAUUGAAAACUGUUGAAAUAGAAAGUCGAUCGACUGGUUGGGUAAAUUGUUCAGUAAUACAUCCUCGCCAUGCUGUGAUUGGUCUUGAAUUGAAAGGGCCUGAUAAUUCGCUGAGAGUCAGACAGAUUCGCGUGUUAGGAGAUAUAGAUGGUGAACCUGUUAAGAUCGGAAAGUCUCUCAGCGCUGUAGCUAUUCAGCAGAAAAAUUGUGAAGCAGAAACAUUGAAAGUCUUUCGUUCAAUAACUUCACAGGUAUUCGGAAAGUUGAUUCAAGGCGAACAGCAAAAAUCAGGACCAAUAUCCUCGUUAGUCAUUGAGCCAAAUCACGAAGAACUAGAAGAAAGCAACGAGUUACGAGAGCACAUGGUUGGCAUUCUUUUCAGCAGAAGUAAGCUCACUCACCUGCAAAAACAAGUUUGUGCACACAUUGUACAAGCCAUUCGUAAAGAAACAAUUCGACUACGUGAAGAAUGGGAAACACUUUUAUGCUCGCCAACUCCAGUCAACAGCGUUACGAGUGAUAACAGCGAUCUACCUAAGGCUGCUGACACAUAUUGCUUCGAGAUGUUGUCAAUGGUUUUGGCAUUAAGUGGAAGUUCCGUUGGACGAAAUUAUUUGUCUCAUCAGUCUCCGUUAUUAAAAGAUAUUUUAAGUUUGCUACACACGGGGUCUGCUAGAGUUCAGAGACAAGUGACUUCACUGCUCAGAAGAAUCUUACCUGAAAUCAAACCGGAAGUUUUAGCAAGUGUUGUUGGAGCAGAGAGACUACCACCGACAGAUUUCAGUAUAAUCUCUGCUGCAAGUAGUGCAUAUUUGCACUUGACUGAAUUUGACGAGCAUGAUGUUGGUAUUCUAGAUGUUUUCUUGAGUUGCAUUGCCAAGUCUUUGACUGUACAAGUUAAAGUUAAAGAUAAGGAGAAUAAUGGCAAGGCACUGCAGUCAAUUUCGCUAGCGACAAGUAUACACCCGAAGAGUCAAGUUGGAGCAAGGUGGUGGUUGAGAGGCUGCAUCUCGAGAAAACUAGCUGAAGAGAUUAUCCAAUUGUUGAAAGAUAUGGCUUCGGGUAAACUAUCAGACAUUUGGGCAGCUAUAACUAAAGCAGCGAUCGCAGAAAACAUUUUAAAUCUGACGAGAGUAGAAGACAAAAAUCGAGACCCAACUAAGUGUCUUCGAUCGCCUACCUUGUGGUUAGCUUUGUCAUCUCUUUGCGUUCUAGAUUCAGACCACGUUGAAAGAUUAUCCUCUGGUCAGUGGAGUAGCGCUGACGGUCAACCGCCACCGCCAAGGCCAAUGUGUAGCAACCAUGACGAUGGUGAGACCACAGCGAUAAUCCAGUGCAGUAUUUGUGGAAACUUGUGUGCUGACUGUGAUCGAGUUUUGCAUCUCCACCGCAAGACUCGAAUGCACAUUCGGCAAGUAUGUAAAGAAGAAGAAGAAGCUAUUCGCGUGGAUCUUCACGAAGGGUGUGGUAGAAUGAAACUGUUUUGGAUUCUUGCUUUGGCGGAUAGUCAAACGCUCAAAGCUUUGGUAGAGUUUCGCGAUGGACCGCCGCAGAAACCUGUUGGCGCGUCGUCAGGUGUUUGUCGAUUUUGUGGAACUACAGGUAACUCGGGUCUGUUGGCGAUCGGCAACGUUUGUUCGGAUCACGAAUGUCAAGAGCAUGCAAAAAACGCUUGUAGUAAAGUUCACCUCUGUGGUCAUAUUUGUGGGGGUGUACGAGACGAACGACCUUGUCUACCAUGUUUGCAUCGCUGUGUACCAUCUUGCGAUCUGAAACAAGACGCUGACGACAUGUGCAUGAUUUGUUUCACCGAGGCUCUGUCGUGCGCACCUGCAAUUCAACUGCAAUGCGGCCACGUUUUUCACCUUCACUGCUGCAGAAUGGUGCUUACGAAGAAGUGGGUUGGCCCGAGGAUCACCUUUAGUUUCUCACUAUGCCCGAUCUGUAAGGUGCCUAUGGAUAAUCAAAAUUUAACGGAACAUUUAACUAGCGUCAAGGUACUGUACGAGGAUGUGAAGAGAAAAGCAUUGAUGAGACUCGAAUACGAAGGCUUGCAUAAAGCGGAGGCAGUGACAACACCUGGCGGUCGUUACUAUCAGGAUCCAGCUACUUACGCGAUGGACCGCUAUGCCUAUUACGUGUGUUACAAGUGUCAAAAGGCCUAUUACGGAGGCGAGGCUCGCUGUGAUGUGCAACCAGCGGGCGAAGCAUUCGAUCCCACUGAACUUGUUUGCGGCGGUUGCAGCGACGUUGCACGUGCACAGAUGUGUCCCAAACACGGCACUGACUUUCUUGAGUACAAGUGCCGUUACUGCUGUUCUGUUGCGGUAUUCUUCUGCUUUGGCACUACGCAUUUCUGCAAGCCUUGUCAUGAUGAUUUUCAAAGGGUUACUAAUAUACCCAAAAAUGAGCUACCUACCUGCCCUGCCGGACCAAAAGCAAAGCAAUUGGAAGGGGACGAGUGUCCACUUCACGUCAAACAUCCCCCGACUGGAGAGGAAUUUGCACUUGGUUGUGGUAUUUGCCGCAACGCACAAACAUUCUAAAUUGAUUAUAGAAUCUCACAAUGAAAGUUAAGCUUUUAAGACUUCAAUCCAAGUUUUUCCAGGGAUAACGCGUGAUAACUCUGAAGAAAUAAAACUUGUUAUCCAACAGUUGUCAAGUGAGAACUUCCUAUCUGUAUUUUUUUUUCUAAAGGCAGCGACUGAAAUACAAAACAAUGACUGGAAUUGAAUGGCGUAGAAUUACACACAAAUUGUUAAGCUUGGAAAUAUUGUGUGACAAACGUUAGAAAACACAUGGUUUCUUAAUAGAUAAUUAGUAAGUGGUAAAAGUGCUGAGGACGACAAUUGAUGUCCAAAAAUACUGUUCUUCUAUUCAUUUUUUUCUUAUAAUAAUCAAGCAAAAAAUGUAUACCUGCGAAUGAAUGUUUUAAAGGCCCCUCGUGUUUGUAUGGCCUUUUACAAGAUAAUCAAUCGUCGAGAAAUCUUAGUGAAAUGAAUUGCCUUUGUCGAUGAUACAGGGAGAGUAUGCAUUUUUUUCGUGAGUGAACUCAUAGGUCGUUACGAGACUGAUGCAAUUUCAUUAAAACGAACCUUAAAUAGAUGUAUUUGUUAGCAUUUUUAAAUUAUUGAAUUGUAUUUAAAUAAUGUAUAUCAUAAGCGAAUGUUAGUGCCAGUAUGAUCUCGCUGUCAGUAUUUUUUGUGUUAACUUAUUUAUACUCACAUUCUGUUGAUAUAUUUAUUUAUUUAGUCAAGUAGGUACAUGUCUCAAAUACCGAGCAGCUGUGCCAUUUUCUCUGUGACAUCCCAUUUAUAAUGUAAAAUAUUGUUAUAAUAUGUGUAUUCAAAAUCUUUUUUUUCUUGAAUUUAGAGUGAAUGGUGUGUUAACAAUGUUUACUUUAAUGAUUAAGUAUAUGGUUUGUUCUUUUGAUUUGUGUAUAUUUAAUAUAAAGAUUUGUGAAUUUGUAUCAAACGUGCUUGAAGAAAUUGUAAAAACUAUCUGCUAAAAUACUUAUUCAGUUUCAUGUAUAAAAAAAAUCCUAAUGAAAUACAAAUGUUUGACAUCAAAAUAAAAAUUUUAAGAUAAUAAUCUAUUUUCAAUUAUUUCACAUGAUUCUAUGCAAGAAGUUCUCAUUCGUUAUUUGGUUUAUUUUCAAGAUUGUGACAUUUUUUUAAGAGUUGAUUACGGAAUAACGUAAAUUUUGCAAUGUUACGCACAAACUUUAAAUAAUUAUUUUCUUUAACGUUGAUCGAAAUUUUCAGUUGA